CUUGUAUUCCCGCGUCUGCGCACCACCGCUCGGCCUAGACUUACCGCCUCAUCCUGAACGCCUCGCACCUCCGCACGGACAGCAUGUCUGAAUAUAGCGCGGUGCCGUCGUCCGGGACCGGAGCGCCUCUUGGAGCCGGUGGAAUCAAGAAAGACGCGUUCGCUGAUGCAGUGCAGCGCGCCCGGCAGAUUGCAGCGAAGAUUGGUGGUGACGUUUCUGGUCCCCCCAUGAGCAAUAACGGAGGUGCAGAGGGAUACCCUUUCACAGCUCAGAAGCGAUCACUGGAUGAUGGAGAUCAACCAGAGAGUAAGAAGAUGGCGUCGGACAGGGACAGCGCUGCUGCCCUGUCUAUUGGAGCUCAGCUGGCUGCCCUUUCACAGCAGAGUAUCCGUCCCUCCACUGUCACAGAGGACUACAGAGUGCCUGAUGGAAUGGUCGGCCUCAUUAUUGGUCGGGGUGGAGAACAGAUCAGUAAGAUCCAGCAAGAGUCAGGCUGUAAAGUUCAGAUCGCUCCAGACAGCGGAGGUCUCCCAGAAAGGAGCGUGUGUCUCACCGGCUCUCCUGAAUCCAUCCAGAAGGCCAAAAUGCUAUUGGAUGACAUUGUGUCUCGGGGGCGGGGCACUCCCCCUUCCUUCCACGAGUCGACCAAUGGCAGCGGGCACAUGCAAGAAAUGAUCAUUCCGGCAGGGAAAGCGGGUCUGGUCAUCGGCAAAGGAGGAGAAACUAUUAAACAGCUGCAGGAGCGAGCUGGUGUGAAGAUGAUUUUGAUUCAGGACGCUUCUCAGGGCCCGAACAUGGACAAACCACUGCGCAUCAUUGGAGAUCCCUACAAAGUGCAGCAAGCACGUGAAAUGGUGCAGGAAAUUCUGCAAGAGAGGGAUCGCUCUGGAUUUGACAGAAACGAGUUUGGCUCUCAGAUGGGCGGAGGCGGCGGUGGUGGUGGUGGUGGAGGAGGAGGAGGAGGUGGUGGUGGUAGUGGAAUUGAGGUGCCUGUGCCACGUCACUCGGUGGGCGUUGUGAUUGGCCGAAGUGGAGAGAUGAUCAAGAAAAUUCAGAACGAUGCCGGCGUGAGGAUACAGUUUAAACCAGAUGAUAAUACUGGUCCGGAUAAGAUCGCUUAUGUAAUGGGACCUCCCGACCGCUGUGAACACGCCGCCAGUAUCAUCAAUGAACUUCUUCAGAGCAUCAGAGUGCGGGAGGAAGGCGGAGGGGGUCCCUCUGGGCCUCCUGGCACAGGUAUGCCUCCGGGUGGCCGUGGCAGGGGACGUGGUCCAGGCAACUGGGGUCCCCCUGGGGGCGAGAUGACCUUUUCUAUCCCCGCUCACAAGUGUGGCCUCGUCAUUGGCCGAGGAGGUGAGAACGUGAAGGCGAUCAACCAACAGACCGGAGCGUUUGUGGAGAUCUCUCGUCAGCCGCCGCCCAACGGCGAUCCCAACUUUAAGCUGUUUAUCAUCAGGGGGGCACCUCAACAGAUUGACCACGCCAAACAACUCAUUGAGGACAAAAUCGAGGGACCCUUGUGCCCUGUUGGCCCCGGACCAGGUGGGCCAGGACCUGCUGGACCGAUGGGCCCCUACAACCCAAAUCCAUACCAACCUGGACCCCCUGGAGGACCCCAACAUGGAGGGCCUCCUGGCGGUCAGUAUCCUCAGGGUUGGGGAAACACAUAUCAGCAGUGGCAGCCACAUGAUCCCAGUAAGGCCGCUGCAGAUCCUAAUGCAGCGUGGGCGGCUUAUUAUGCGCAGUACUACCAGCAACCUGCAGGUGCCGCUAUGCCAGGACAGGCGCCAGCGGGCCAGCCGGCUGCUCCUGCAACUGCAGACCAGAAUCAAGCUGCUCCGGGCGCUGCUCAACCCGACUACACUAAAGCCUGGGAGGAGUAUUACAAGAAGAUGGCAGCAGCAGAUGGAGGCGCGGCCCCGGCAGCAGGGGGCGCUCAACCCGCAGGACCCGCAGCUGCAGCAGGACAGACUGAUUACAGUGCUGCAUGGGCUGAAUACUACAGACAGCAGGCUGCUUAUUACGGUCAGACGGGACAAACACCUGGACAGCCGGGAGCAGCACCUCAGGGCCAGCAGGCUCAGUGAAAGACUAUUGAUCAACCCUGAUUCGUCCAUCCAUUCUCUCGCUGUCCUCUGACAAAAGGACGGAUAUUCUUCUGCUCUUCCCUUCAUGUGUCCAGCAGGAAGCUGCGUGACUCUCCUCUGGAGCUCAUUGACGUGCGUCACGGCUUCUGCGAAAGCUGUAUUCCCCUUUCUUUCUUUUUCUGCUGGAUCCACACUGAUGAACUAAAAUUAAACUCUGCUUCGUCUCUCCUUCCUCUUCCUCACGCUAAUGUGACUCAUCUCCAGGGAAACGUCUUUACAUGAGUGUGCACUUCCUGUUUUGCAUACAUUUUUGAUUUAAAAAGAUCUUUUUGAGGAAAAUGGUGCAUUAGAAGAAAACUUCAGGUGUUGUAACUACUGUGUUUUAAAACUCAAUGAGUAACUUUGUAUUAUUUUCUCUUUUUUUAAUGCCUUUAUUUUUUUGAUCUGGAACAUUCCCAUUGUCUGUUGUUUUAAUUCAUUUAAUGCGAUUAAAUUUUUGUUUCAGGUGAUAUCAAGCGAGACUUGGUGUGUUUCUCACUCUAUGAAACAAAGAUUUCUUUUUCAUCCCAAGUCAUCGUAGUCAAGAUGUGAUAAACCGAUCAGUCGCAACAUUAAAAGCACCUGCCUAAUAUUGUGUAGGUCCCCCUUGUGCCGCCAAAACAGCGCCAACCCGCAUCUCAGAACAGCAUUUAGUGAUUAUAUUCUUCUCAGCACAAUUGUACAGAGUGGUUAUCUGAGUUAUCAUAGACUUUGUCAGUUCAAACUAGUCUGUCCAUUGACCUCUCUCAUCAACAAGGUGUUUCCGGUAAAUUCUAGAGACUGUGUGUAAAAAUCUCAGAAAUACUCAAACCAGCCCGUCUGACACCAACAAUCAUCCAUGCGAUUUCUUUAAUCAGCCAAUUGUGUGGGUGCAGAUACGGGUCAGCCGCUUCAGUUAAUGUUCACAUCAACCAUCAUAAUGGGGAAAAACAUGAUCUCCGUGAUUUGGACCGUGGCAUGAUUGUUGGUGCCAGACGGGCUGGUUUGAGUAUUUCUGGGAUUUUUACACACAACAGUCUCUAGAAUUUACUCCAAUAACAAAAAAACAUCCAGUGAGCGACAGUUCUGUGGAUGGAAACACCUUGUUGAUGAGAGGAGUCAAUGGAGAAUGUCAGUUCAAACCAGUCUGUCCGAAGUCUACGAUAACUCUGAUACCUGCUCUGUGCAAUUGGAGAUGCAUUUUGGCGGCACAAGGGGGACCUUCACAAUAUUAGGCAGGUGGUUUCAAUGUUAUGGCUGAUAGGUGUAUAUAAAAUAUACGAAUUGUUUUUUUUUUUUUUUACUGCUUGUUUUUAAAAAAUGCGAAAUAAAAUGUUACCGAAUUCUCAUC